AUGCCACACGAUGCGGUUUACGGAUUCCCACCGGAAGCAUUUGAUGCAUCUCUCCUGCCUGACAUCAAUCGAGAGUUUCUCGAGCCGCAUGACAUCGAGGCCUUCGUAAGGGCGCUCCAGGCUCCUGACCCGUUGCACAGCCCAGCCGACGAGACGGGCGGACUCAAGUCACCCAGGAGCGGUGCCAGCCCGGCCACCCUGACGAAGCGAAAUUCACAAGCCGGUCUGGAUGAUGCGAACGACCAUGACAGUGCCGACGCAAUUGCCGCCGCUGCAGCGGCCGUUGGAGGCGACCUCCCAGCGCCGACGGACACGCCGACCCAGGGAACAUUCUUCACGGCCCAGAACGACUGGGCGCCCGUGAGCCCAGCUCUCUACCGACGCCGUAGAUCAUCCAAGAAAUGUAAACAAAAAAAAGGCGCUAGCAAAGCUGUCGAAGGGCUCCUCGGCACACGGACCAAGGACGAGACGCGGGAAGGCUACCUUUACCAGCUGUCCAAAUGGCCGCUGUUGAUAUUUGUGUUUGCAUGGCUGACAGGCCUGGCAAUUGCAUAUCUCUCAACACGAUGGUACAUUUGGGUGUACGAACACUUCUUUACUUGGCGCGGCCGACGGGAAACGCUCCGGAGGAACAUGCGCAAAGCUUCAACCUACAAGGAAUGGGUUGCCGCAGCGAGAGAACUAGAUGCGUUUUUGGGACGGCAGACCUGGAGGGAGGAGAAUGAAUUCGCCUACUACGAUUCAAAGACGGUCAAGCGGGUGUGGGAUCAGCUGAAGAAGCUGAGGAUCAAGGCCGAGGCACAGGAGAUUCAGAGCGCGCGGCAGCAUGGCGAUCAUAGGACUGCCAUGGAGGAUCUCAAAUCCAUGGUGGAAGCGUGCGUCAAGAAUAACUUUGUUGGCGUGGAGAAUGCGAGGCUCUAUAGUCAGACAUACUAUGGGACCAAGAAUUUGGUGCAGAAUUUUGUCGAUGAAGUGGAGAGGAGCAUCAAGCUCCUGUUGCGAACGAAGCAGUUGGGGACUGAGGAGAAGCGCCUGCUGUUCAAGCAUGUUUAUGCCAACUACGGCCGCACUGCCUUGUGUCUUUCGGGGGGAGCUGGCUUUGCCUAUUACCACCUAGGCUUGGUCAAGGCGUUGCUGGACGCGGAUCUACUCCCGGACGUUAUCACAGGCACGAGCGGCGGCGCCCUGAUAGCUGGGCUUGUGGCCACGAGAACAAACGACGAGUUGAAGAAGCUUCUGGUUCCGGCGCUGUCUCACCGCAUCAAUGCCUGCCGAGAACCGGCAACCGCCUGGCUACCAAGAUGGUGGAAGACGGGUGCGCGCUUCGACUCGGUCGACUGGGCUGAGCGAUGUAGCUGGUGGACCAGGGGCUCAAUGACCUUUCGCGAGGCAUACGAACGAACCGGCCGCAUUCUGAACGUCACUUGCGUCCCUGCGGAUCCUCACUCUCCCACCAUUCUAUGCAACUAUCUCACCUCCCCCGACUGCGUCAUCUGGUCCGCGGUCCUCGCCUCCGCCGCCGUCCCUGGCAUCCUCAACCCCGUGGUUCUCAUGAUGAAGCUCCGAGACGGCACGCUCGCGCCCUAUUCCUUUGGCCACAAAUGGAAAGACGGCUCUCUCCGAACCGACAUCCCUAUCAAGGCGCUCAACACGCACUUCAACGUAAACUUUACCAUUGUUAGCCAGGUCAAUCCCCACAUCAACCUGUUCUUCUUUUCGUCUCGCGGCUCCGUGGGCCACCCCGUCACCCAUCGCAAAGGCCGCGGGUGGCGUGGCGGCUAUCUCAUGUCCGCCUUUGAACACUACCUCAAACUUGACAUGAACAAGUGGUUGAAGUUUGUGCGCUACGCAGAACUGCUCCCCCGCCCCCUGGGCCAGGACUGGAGCCAGCUGUGGCUCCAGGAGUUCAGUGGCACAAUCACCAUCUGGCCCAAGUCUGUCCCCAGCGACUUUUACUACAUUCUGUCGGAUCCUGAUCCCAGCAGGCUAGCGCGAAUGCUACACCAGGGACAGCAAAGCGCGUUUCCCAUGUUGAAAUUCGUGACGAAUAGGUUGAAGAUUGAGCGGUUGGUGGAACAGGGGAGGAGGGAGACCAGACCGUGGGCGAGGAGAGGCAGUAUUCAGGCAGUUAUGAGCGAGGAGGACCUGAGGAGCUUGCUGGUUGGGGAGAUGGCGGGGGUGACGACGGAGGAGGAUACAGACGGGGAUGGGGAAGAGGCGAUUACGUUGACUGCUGUCGAGGAAUAG